AUGACAUUAGCGCGCCGCUAUGAUAGUGAACAAAAAAUUUCUUGGGUGCAGAAGGUUAUUACUUGGAUUGCCGUUUUUGAAUUGGGUCUGCUGUGCGGCAUCGAGGCGGUUUUUUUCGCCGUGGUGAGCAACACAGCGCCUUUUGAUUUUGCAUAUGCCAACCCAUCAUCGAUCUUCCAAGGACUAACAACAGCACUAUAUCCUAUAUUUGCAGCUAUCGGGUCUGUUUCCGUGCUUUUUCUUGUUCAGUUUAGCAGUGCACGAAAGCUCCUGGUCGCUUCAGUUUGGAUAUGGUUAGCCGGGUACCUCAUGGUUGUUUUGGUCAUAAACCGAGGCGGACUGAUAGUAGGGCGCAUGUUCAAAGGAUAUGCAAUUGGAGUCAUUUUAUCGGUGAUCCCUUCUUAUGCUCAGACUGUAUUCGCUUAUCCCACGAGCGCUAGACUGCUCAUUGCCGUGCAGGCUUCAAUUCCUCUUGGAAUUCUCAUAAUAUCUUUAUUGUCGACGCAGAUUUACCACAAGAGCAUGUCUGAAAUCCCCUUUCAUCGAAUCUGGGUUCUCGCAGGUAUACCUGCCUUCCCCGCAGUGCUUCUGACGGUGUUUAUAGUAUCAGACACCAAAAAGGACCGGCGGACUACCAUGAACGAGCUUCUAAACCAAAGCCAAAAACGUGUAUCUACUGUUGUGCCACGAAGCCAUCGCAUCAGGAGCUGGUUAAGGCGAGUCAAAACAAACAUGAAGAAUCCAGUCGAGGAAGUAAAAGCCAUGCUUGCGAGCAGCAAAGACAGUAAAGGGUUCUUGUUUGCAUGUAUGACUCAAGUGUCUGUUCCUCUCACGGGAAUUAAUGUCGUUCUAUACUUUGUGGGGUCCGUGUGCAAGCUAGUUGGAGUGGAAAAUGCAGACAUUGCCAGCUUUUCUCUGGGAAUAUACGCCUGCAAUUUUGCAGCAACUAUCUUGAGUAUAUUUCUGGUGGACAAAAUGCCACCAAUUGCCACGCUGCGAUGGACGUUGAUAGCGCUCAGCUUCAUUCAGGGGUUCACCGGAGUGCUGCUAUCGAUGGCUCAACACCAAGAUAGCAGUGUAUCUAAGCAUCUCGGUAUCACUGCACUUGUACUGCUAUUUGUGUUUGUGUUUGUAUUUUCUGCCUUUUAUGCUGGCGUCUCCUAUGUUGUCACUACUGACGCAUGUCCCAAGCGGUAUCGAAAUACUGCACUUGGACUGGCCAUUGCCGCUGGCUGGCUAGUCAAUGCCGCAUAUACUGUGGUUGCCACAAAAAUAAUGGAAAAGAUGGGUCCGUUUACGUUCUGCGUAUUUGGAUUUACAUGCGCACUUUUCGGGUUCUUUUUCGUUUUCGUCGAGCCUGACAAAGCUCCGAGCUAA